AUGAAGCCAGUCGUUUCUUCUGGUAAAGCUUGGUUUUGUACUGUAUUGAGUGCAUUUGCUGUUAUAAUUUUAUCCGUGAUAGGACAUUUGUUUAAUAUAAGCCACGAAGAAUUCGUUGGUUCUAUAAAUGAUCCAGAAGAUGGUCCAGCUGUAGCACAUACUGUUUUUAUAGCUGCACUAGUUUAUUUCAUAUUUUUCGUUUUUUGUGGGUCUCAAAUUUACUUAGGGAGAAGGCAGUCAUCUAUUGCAUUAAGUGAUUAA